AUGGCUAGCCAGGACUCUAUGAUGAAGAAGCUAGAUGCAAAAAUUGAUAAGGUUGCUCAGUCCAGCCAAGCAUCCAUUCAUAAUUUAGAGGUGCAAGUAGGUCAGUUAGCUAAAUUGGUUACAGAAAAAUAUCGAGGUAAGUUUCCUAGUGCCACUGAAAUAAACCCUAGGGAAGGAGCUAUGGCUAUCACUUUGAGAAGUGGUAAGAUGUUGAAUGAAGUUUUGAAAGAAAAAGAACCAUUGAGGAUUGAAAAAGAGAGUGAUAAAGAAGGAGAGCAACUGCCUAAAGAGAGUUCUAGUGAUCAAAACCCUAUUUCCUCUAUAGUAAAACCUUAUGUACCCCCCAUUCCAUAUCCACAAAGGCUACAAAAGAGGAACCAGGACAACAACUUUAAAAGAUUUUUAGAGGUUUUUAAAAAAUUGCAAAUUAAUAUUCCUUUUGCAGAAGCACUUGCCAAUAUGCCAUCUUAUGCCAAGUAUAUUAAGGAAAUUGUGUCUAAUAAAAAGAAACUGGAAGAGUUUGCUACUAUGCAUCUAAAUGAGGAGUGUAGUGCUAUUUUACAAAGCAAAUUACCUCCUAAGCUAAUGGAUCCAGGAUGUUUUUCUAUUCCUUGCACUAUUGGAAAUACUGUUGUUGAUAAAUGCUUAUGUGAUUUAGGUGCCAGUAUAAACCUUAUGCCUUUAACUCUUUUUAAGAAGUUGGGAAUAGUUGAAAUGAAGCCAACUACAAUCUCUCUUCAACUUGCUGAUAGAUCAGUCAAGUACCCGCAGGGAGUAGUGGAGGAUAUCUUUGUAAAAGUUGGUAAAUUCUAUUUCCUGCAGAUUUUCUGA